AUGGGUCAUGUUGCUGUCCGCCUUCCACCCUUUUGGCCUCGCAACCCCAAUAUCUGGUUUAUCCAAGCGGAAACCCAGUUCCAACUGGCCGGUAUUUCUUCCCAGCUGACGAUGUAUCGGCACAUCAUCGCCGCGCUGCCGCCCGACAUCGCCAUGGAAGUUUUCGACGUCCUCCAGUCUCCUCCCGCUCAAGACCCGUUCACAACGCUCAAGUCAGCUAUUAUUGAGCGCACCACCAUGUCUGAGCGUAAGCGCUUACAGCAGUUGCUGACGUCUGAAGAGCUUGGCGACCGUCACCCAACCCAGCUCCUUCGCUCUAUGGAAGCCCUGCUCGGUGAUCGCGCGCCCGCGUUCGACGCCAAUGUGCUCCGGGAGCUCUUCCUGCAGCGUCUCCCUCCGCAGGCACAGAUGAUCUUGGCCCCCGCCACCAGCCUGCCACUUCAAGACCUGGCUCAGCACCCUUACAAAAACAGUUUUCACCUUUUAGUGGUCCUCUUAUCUUUCACCGCUGUGGUCGUUUUAACGACUUGGUAUACAGACUGUUGGUAG